AUGCUAUCCAAGGAGAAGCUCCGUCUGAGCCGGCCCUUCAACCAGAACCUGGUUGUCGGCGCCAUGCUCUUCUGCUUGCCCGGCAUGUAUUCAGCCAUCACGGGCCUGGGAGCCGGUGGAGGGAAGCCGUCGUCUCUCGAGGUCGCCAACAACGUCAACGCCAUCAUCUACAUUUUCUUGGCCUUUGGUUCGCUGGUCGUGGGCUUCGUCCUGCACAAGCUCACGCCGCGCAUCUGCCUCAUCAUCGGCGCCGUCGGCUAUCCCUUUUAUAUCGGUGGCCUGUGGUACUACGACCGCUCCGGCAACAGCUGGCUGGUCUACGUUUCUGGGGUGGUGAGCGGCAUCUCGGGAGCCUUCCUGUGGACGACUGGAGCGUAUAUUGAGUUCUGCUACCCGGAGGAGAAGCACAAGGCCAUGUAUAUUUCCAUCCAAUGGGCCCUUCGCUCAGUCGGCGCCACAGUCGGCGCCUCGAUCGCCUUCGGGUCCAACUUUGAAGCCACCGCGGCAGUAGGAGUUUCGACCGGGGUCUACAUCGCCUUCAUCCUCAUCCAAUCAGCCGCCAUCCUCAUCGCCGCUCUCCUGAUCGUGCAUCCCUCCAAAGUCGUCCGCGACGACGGCUCCCACAUCGCCAUCUUCCCCAAGAAGUCGCUCGUCGCCGAACUGAAAGGCAUGGCCGUCGCCGCCGUCGAUCCCCGCUACCUCAUCCUGGCCAUCCCCAUGUUCUGCUGCGAGAUGGCCCUCGGCUUGCUGAGCUCCGUCAACUCCCGCGCCUUUAACCUGCGGACGCGUGCGCUCAACAACCUGAUGUUUAACGUUAUUCAGAUGUUCGUUCCGCCACUGCUGACCAAGGUCCUGGACAGCAAGCGCAUUGCCUCGCGCCGUCAGCGUGGCUUUCUAGGCAUUGCGAUUACCGGAACCAUCGCGUGCGGUGGUGCGGCGGGCCUGGUGGGGUGGGUUGAGAAGAAUGGCUUUGACGAUUCCUCGGCGCCUCGCGCGUGGGACUGGACGGACCAUACGAUCUGGGUGCCGAUGCUGAUUAUCUACUGGUGCUUCGGGACGACGUACGCCGGCUACCAAAUGGUGACCGAGUACACCCUCUCGUCCACAACCAACGACCCCGACAAGCUCUCCAAAGUCGCCGGCCUCUUCAAGUUCUACUCCUCCCUGGGCAUGUUCCUCUCCUUCAUUCUUGGCGGGCAGGGCGUGGUGUUCCGCGGCCAAAGCACGUUGCAGCUGAUCCUGUACUUCCUGGGAAGUAUCGCCAUCGUCUACAUUCUGUGGCGGAAGAUUCUGGAGACCAACUACUUCACGGAGAGCAAUGUUAUCGUGCCGCACGAUGUGGAAGAGAAGAUGCGCGUCGAAGGCAAGAUCGACGACGAGGUCUUGAGGUCCGAGGAGGAGAAGGAGCGGUUGGCGGCGGCACAGGCGCAAAGCAAGGCGGCGGCGGGUGGGAAGGGGGUGGAUGUUGAGGGGGUGCGGGAGGUGAGUUAG